CACGUGAAGUCGUGAAACCGCGUUCUCGUCUGUGCGUUGAGCAGCGCGCUACCCUCUUGCUUCUCUCCCAUAACACCACAUCUUCCCCUUUCUUCAACUCGGCUUCUCGAACUCUGUCACGGCACUAUAACCACACUUCGCUUCACCCAUUCUUUUUGUACUAUAAUCUAUACAGGGCGUCACUAAACCUGAAGCGCCUACUUAUCGUUUGCUCAGCAGUGCGAUCAUGGAGACCUUCAAUCCAAAGAAUGGUCAAAUCUACACGGAGACUACAUUAAGCAGCGUGCGGUCUAUGGUGCCGAUGUGGAAGAGGCAUAUCAGGGGUAGAAUGCUGAAUCCGCAGGCCUAUAGGAACACAGAGAAAGGAUCGAGUACUUUACGAGACAUGGCUAUGCGGUCGUGUUGCUGGAACAUCCAUCUAUUUGUGCCUGAAGCACUUGAAGAUCCGGGAUGGCACUACGCUGGCAUGAUCUAUCACCAUCUCAAAGCCACUGAUACUCUCACCUUCGAAGCCUGGACGCUGCUUCAGCAGGCUUAUCCUAAUCAACCAGAGCUCAAUCAUCACUUCCGCGUCGGCAAACUCGACUCCAUCACAUCCUGGCCUUCCAUCGUGAAUAGCCUCAGCAGCAUCAACAGCGUCCUCACUCAGUUCUGCGCCUACGGUCUUGAAUUGAAUCUCUCGCAACUCUUGUCACUUACGGAAAUACCCACGUUGGCAGCUUUGAUUCAUGCUCACCCAGCUCAAAGGAACUUCAAUCCACUGAGGGGCUCCGGCGUCCGAGACUGGUGCCGCGCUGUGCGCGAAAAGAAGGCUUUUCAAAAGCUGAAGUUGCUCUACAUGUCCUCCAUACCUCAAGAUGGACCUCUGAACAGCGCGGUGCUGGAAAACCUCUCCAGCUUUCCCUCUCUUGCUCUCGUGGGAAUUGAGCGUCGCUCUCCCUUUGAUCCUUCGACGACCUAUGGUCAGUGGGAACGUCCAGGCUCGACUCAGGAAGACAAACUCAGUAAGACGAUGUGUGGAUUGCAAUACUCGAUAGCCGAGAAGACGAAGCGUCUGUACAGAUACGCCCAGAAGGUCUCAUUGCCUGAGACAGAGGCCGAGAAUACAGUCUCGCUUGCCUUGACUUGUUACGCUGAUGGAUCUGCGCAUCACGUUGGAGACAUAUCCUGGUUCAUCCGAAAGCAGGUCUUGCCAGAAUUGCAUUCGAAGCGGCCGCAGGAUACACAGGCUCUUCAAGAUGGAAGCGAACGCGGGACAAAGAAACGCAAGAUCAGGCAAGGAAAGCAGCAGGAUGUUGGGUCACUGCUCGGAACGUUUGGAUGAGCAUCUGCUCUGUUCAUACGUCACACACAGGUUCAAGACGGAAGGGAUCCACGAAGUCAUAAACCUGGAUUGGCUACGAGACAUCUUCUGGAAGGCUUCCUAUACUGGUCGAUCUCAAAACUCGUGCAUCCUCUCACCACAUCAGAAGUGAAGGGCAAACUGUACACCUUCCCUUCUCUCUCAUCCAAAGGAACGACGAUAGGAAAUAGCCGUACUCGUCCAGACCCCGGGAAUCUGCAAUAUUGUGCCGCGUUCUCAGCCUUGUCAAUGUUGAGUCACACGCUGCAAACUGGC